AUGGCAGAGCACACGCUCUUCUACGACAAGCCGGCCAAUCUUUGGGAUGAUGCCACACCAAUCGGCAAUGGACGGCUAGGUGCCAUGGUACGUGGCACCACCGAUGUUGAAAGGCUAUGGAUCAACGAAGACUCGGUCUGGUAUGGAGGCCCUCAAGACCGUUUGAACCCGGCUGCCCGCGAUGCUCUACCCAAGGUCCGCGAGCUCAUUGAUCAAAACCGCAUACGUGAGGCCGAGCAGCUCAUCAAGAAGACCCAGACCGCCCGGCCUCGGUCCCUGCGUCACUACGAGCCGUUGGGCGAUGUCUUCCUCACAUUCGGUCACGGCCAAGAUCCCCCCGGCGACGAGGUUCGCGUCUCGGGCAUAGUCAAUUUCGAGAACAGCUUCAGUCGCGACCUGAACCGCUCUCCGCAAAACUACCGUCGCGAGCUUGAUCUCCGCACAGGCAUAUCCUCGGUUUCGUACGACUUUGGCGGUGCACACUUCGAGCGGCAGGUUUUCUCGAGCACUGUCGACGAGGUCCUAGUCAUGAGCGUCAGGUCGAAUGACGAGUAUUCUUUUCAAAUCGAUCUCAACCGUGGCGAUCACCCGGAAUGGGAUCGUCGGCUCAACCAACGCUACGAUAGCCUCGAGGAAAUCGAUGGAGGACACAUGAUCACCGGCUCCAUGGGAUCAAAAGGGGCCGUCGAGUUCGCCAUGGGCGUCCGCAUCAUUGCAGAUACCAGCGAGGGCGAAGUACAGGUUGAAAACACCGGCUACAAUGUAGUCGUCAACGCCAAGGGCCGAGUCACCGUUCUCGUCUCGGGCGAAACCACCUUCCGCAAUCACAACGCCGGUGAAGCUGUCCAGAAGCGGCUUACAUCCGCGUCGAUGAAAUCCUGGAGCGACCUGAAGUCGGCACACGUCGAGAGGUUCUCGGCUUUGUACGACAGGGUCGAGCUCCAGCUUCCUGGCAGCGGCGACAAUACCGCAGUCCCAAUCGACCAGCGCAUCCAGGCCAUCAAGGAGGGCGCAGUGGACAACGGGCUAGCCCAGCUACUGUUCCACUUUGGGAGAUAUCUUCUCAUCAGCUGUUCGCUUUCAGGCCUGCCCGCAAAUCUACAGGGCAUUUGGAACCGCGACCAUAUGCCGGUAUGGGGUUCCAAGUACAUGAUCAAUAUCAACAUCCAGAUGAACUACUGGCCUGCCGAGGUCGCGAACCUAGCCGAAACGCACGACAUCCUGUUCCGCUUCCUCGAGCGGACCGCCGAACGUGGCGCCGAGGCGGCAAAGGCAAUGUACGGCUGUCGUGGUUGGGUUAUGCACCACAACACCGACAUCUGGGCCGACACUGCACCCCAGGAUGAUGGCGUCCAGUGCACCUAUUGGACGCUUUCAGGCGCCUGGUUCAUGAUGCACCUGUGGGAACAUUACCGCUUCAGUCUUGAUAAAGACUUUCUUCGCAGGGUGUACCCUCUGAUGGCUGGAUCUGCAUUGUUCUUCCAGGACUUCUUGAUCGAGCGGGACGACAAGCUCAUCACCAGCCCCAGCUCCUCGGCAGAGAACAGCUACUACGUACUCGGGACCAAGACGGUUGCAUCCAUCGCUGCGGGUCCCGCAUGGGACGGACAGAUCCUUACGGAGUUCUUCCGGGCGGUCGUCGAGGCGUCGGUGGCCAUACUUCGUGGAGUCUAG